CCAUGAUGAAGGGGGCGCUCAACCUUCUUCAAUCUAUCUCCAUAAAAGCUUCAUUUCAUAUUAUAUCACAUCAUAAUGAAGUCUCUUUCUCUCUCCAACGGGUCUCUUCGUUCUUCUUUGUCUCUUUCUUGCACUUUCUUUUCCCAUUUAUGCUUCAAAUCCCACAUUCUCUCUUACCCAAACACCCCCAAAACCCCUCUUCCUCUUCGCAAUUCAGAGUCCUCUGCUCCAAUGGCUGAACCACAAAGUUCAGAAGCUGAAAGCAUCACCAACUCAUCAACUUCGUCAUCUUCAUCUGAGUCAACUCAGUUAGAACCCAAAACUCAGAAAAACCCAGAACCAAAACCAGAACAAGAAGAGAAGAAGAGACCCAAGAGAACAAGAGAGAGUAAUAGUAGUAACAAAAACCCAGUUUACAGAGGAGUUCGAAUGAGAAGUUGGGGCAAAUGGGUCUCUGAGAUUCGACAGCCUCGCAAGAAAUCACGCAUUUGGCUCGGCACUUACUCUACCCCUGAAAUGGCCGCUCGAGCACACGAUGUAGCCGCUCGAAGCAUCAAAGGCAACUCAGCGAUUCUCAAUUUCCCUCAACUCGCUGACUCGCUCCCCCGCCCCGCCUCGCUCUCGCCUCGCGAUGUUCAGUCUGCGGCGGCGAAAGCUGCUACUAUGGAGCUUAUUAGUCCAUCAUGUUCUUCAUUGUCGUCGAAUGUGUCGACGACAAUGACGACGACUGAAGAACUGGAUGAGAUAAUUGAGUUGCCGAGUUUGGAAGGGAGUUUUGACUCGGCCGGGUCGAGGGCCGAGUUACAACUUGUUGACUCAGUGGAUGGGUGGUUGUUUUCGCCUUGGAGAGUGCAUGAUUUUGACUUUUUUGGGUUUUAUUCUGAUCAGACGGCGGUGGAUGAGAGCAUGAUUCCAAGCAGCUUUGAGAGUUUGACAUGGGAUGCUUGAUGCUUAAUUGUUUUCUCUAUUUUUAAAAUUUUGUAUGGUUUGCAAUUAUUGAAUUAUGUUUUAAAAUUUAAGUACGUAAUUUAAUUAUUUAGAAUGUAUUAAAUUUAUUUUAAUGCAUUCUCGAUUAUUGAAUUAUAUCUUAAAUUUUAUAUACAUAAUUUAAUAAUCAUAUUUGCCUUAAAAUAAGAUAAUAGAAAAAAUUAGGAUUAGAAUAUGUCAUUAUAUAGUUUUUGUCAAUUGUAGUGCAUUUGUAAUACAUGUAUAUAUACAGAAUAACAGUGUAAGAUUUUAGCUUGAACUAUUAAUAGCUCUUUUUUGUAUUUUGGAUGAA